AUGUCGAAAGAUAUCGACCAGAAACCAGAACCCUCGUUCGACGAGUCCAGUAUCCGCGAUGUCGACGAGAUCGUCCUCGACCCGAAAAAGGAGCAGAAGUUGCUCCUGAAACUGGAUAUGGCCUUUGUGCCGAUUAUCAUGUUGACCUAUCUGUCCUGUUUUCUGGAUCGAACCAAUAUCGGGAAUGUCAAAGUGGCCGGCAUGCCCAAAGACAUCGGCGCGUCGGAGAACCAAUUCUCCAUCGCUGUGUCGAUUUUCUAUGUGACCUACGUGCUACUGGAGGCUCCCUGGGCGGUGUUGAUGAAGAAAUUGACGCCGCGCAAUAUCCUGACCGGAUUGUGCAUUGUCUGGUCCGUCGCUACUGUGUUCACCGGUUUCGUGCAGAACGUGGCCGCGCUCUACGCCACCAGACUCAUCCUCGGUGCCUGCGAGGCGGGGCUCUUCCCCUGUCUGAACCUGUAUCUGACCAUGGUGUAUCGACGGGAGGAGCAGGCUAAGCGUGUCUCGUAUCUCAUGAGUUGUGCCGCCAUCUCUGGAGCCGUGGGGGGAUUAUUGGCUUAUGGCUUGUUGCAUAUGGAUGGCAUUGGAGGGAAAGCGGGAUGGCGAUGGGUAUAUAUCAUCGAAGGCCUAUUCAGCAUCCUCUGCGCUUUUCUCAUCUGGUUCGGACUCCCCAAUGACCCAGCCAAAGCCUACUUCCUCACCGACGAGGAGAAAUGGAUGAUGCGUGUGCGCAACGAACAACGUCGGAAAUACAUGGGCAGCGACAAGUUCAGCUGGGAGGAAAUGCUUCUGGCUCUGCGAGACCCCAAACUGACAUUCAGCGCGGUGACGCAGUUCUGUCAGGACAUUCUGCUCUACGGGUUUAGUACCUUCCUGCCGACUAUUCUGCAGAGUCUGGGCUACAAUUCCCUCAUGAGUAACGUGCUCACCGUGCCGGUGUAUAUGUGGGCCGCUAUCGUGUUUAUUAUCGUGGCAUUUUGUGCGGACCGAUACUCCAAAUUCUCUGCUUUGAUUUUUGCAACUAAUAUUUUUGGUCUCGUUGGAUAUAUCCUCCUGCUGGCCGUCUCUUCCAACCCGGUCAAAUACUUCGCUACCUAUCUCAUUGGCGUGACCACCUACACGGGCGUGGGUCUCAACGUCGCCUGGCUGAACGUCAACGUCGCGCCGCAGUACCGUCGCGCGCUAGCCAUCGGACUCCAGCAAACGGUAGGAAACUGCGCAGGUAUCGUCGCCGGCCAGGUAUAUCGCAAGUCGCCGUAUGUUCUGGGCAAUGCGUUCAGUUUGGGUUCCUUGGCCGUUGCUCAGGGGGUGAUCCUGGCUCAUACUCUGUACCUUCGACGGGAGGAUCGUCUGAAGGAGGCUAUUUUGCAGGGUAAGGAGGAUACCCGGAGAGUUAAGACGGGUGAUGCCGAGUUGGACUUUAGAUAUAGGUAUUAA